UUUAAUUUCUGUUUAAACCAGCAAACAUUUUUAUGACUAAAAUAUAACAUGACAUGUUGAUAUGAGAAAAUGGUUGUUUCCUAAGCAGGACAUGCGUCACUUGUCAGGGGCCAAUCAAGUGCAGACUUCUUCUAAGAGAGGAAAAUGCACUGAAAUUCUUUCCAAUCAUCAUCAUAUUUCAAACAUGCUGACAUCAAGUCAGUUUGUCGUCUGGGCAACGAUUUUGCUCAUGGGCACCAUUGGUCAGAAAAUUCAUCUGAACUUAACCCCGCCUGUUCAUCAAAGCGGCAGCUUCGUAUCAGCUCCCAUUGGGGGAAAAGUGACUUUGCAUUGUUUCCAUGACUCAGAACGGAUCUACUGGUACAGACAAACCCUGGGACAGAAACCAACGCCGAUUGCCAGCUUCUAUGUCUACGGGAAAGAAACCAUUUUUCAUGGUGAAUUCAAGAACAAUUCUCGUUUGGAUUUGGUUAAGGGAGACCGGACAAAUCAUCUGAUCAUCUCAAAUCUACGAAUUUCAGACUCUGCCACAUAUUUCUGUGGAAAGAGCAAUGCGCAAGUUGUGGCUUUCGCACAAGGCACUGUCGUCAGCGUAAAAAGCUUCGACUCCGAUGUAAAAGUUCUGAUCCAUCAGUUGGUGUCUGAGAGCCUGCAGCCAGAAGGCUCUGCAACUCUGAACUGCACAGUAAAAACUGGAAGCGGCGGUGGAGAACACAGAGUUUAUUGGUUUAAAAACUCUGACGGAUUCCAACCAGGAUUCCUUUACACUCAGGGAAGCAAGAAUGAUCAGAGUGAGAGAAACUCCAACACACCAACACACACCUGCGUCCACCGCCUGUCGAUGGACGACCCGUCCGUGUCUGAUGCUGGAUCCUACCACUGUGCUGUUGCCUCCUGUGGACACAUCCUGUUUGAAAACGCAACAAUGCAGGAAUUUUCACGUGAGAAAAACCUCCUGAAGAAUGCUGUGGUUGGAACUUUAACUGGAUUUCUGACAACCCUUCUUGCUGCUUCGCUGGUUUUCUUAUUGUGCAGACUAAGAAAAACAUCAGGUGAAAAUUUGCAAUGCUCUGCUGCUACGACUGCACCGCGGGUAGGAGUUACCUCUUCAUUUUUGCGAUUAUUAUUAAUAUUUUGUACAAACUUUCCCACAAGAUCAAUAUUCUGAUCUGCUUUCACGUGUAUUUCCAGGUUAAUGACCAAGACAUGACAGUCCUCUAUGCAUCUAUAAAUGUUGGUCAGUCCAACAGAUCAAGAAGACAGAGAGAGAGCAGCAAGACUGAGUGUGUUUACUCCAGUGUUAGCCAGAGGAAGUCAGGAGUGCAUAAAUUUCAUUUUGAAACUCUGUGAUGUAGUUUCAAGAACUUAUCUUAAAGCAAAUCUACAGGUGGACAUAUUGUUUUUUUAUUAGCAGCCAAAUUGUUAAACCUCUCUUGAUGUAAAAAUGUUUCUGUAAAUUAACUUUUAUUUGUGUUGGAGCAUUUUGUGAUUGACAUUUAGUUUUCAGAAACAAUUGGUUACUCUAAAUUGUCCUUAUGUGUGUGUUUAGGUGUGUAUGCAUGCGUGUGUGUGUGUGUUUUUUUUUUUUUUUAAUGAGCUGGAUGAUGUCGUCAUGCUGUUACGUCCUUUGGAUGUUUCUUGCACAUGCGCCAUGCGAUGGACGUGUUGCUUAAGACCCAGGAAUCCCAAAGAGGAGAGUAGGUUUAUUUUUACAUAUUUUAAAUAUGAAGCAUUGCAUUACCUCUGCUUGCCCAAUGUGACUGCUUGCCAAAUGACUGCUUUUUUUACAGGAAAACUUUUUUUCCUGUAAAAAAGUUUGGAUUGGGUUGUUUUAAACUUUACCUUUACCCAUAUAUCUUUACAUAUUAUCAGAAAUAGUCCAGAAGGUGUUUGAAGGGUUUGACAAUGUACUAAUGUCAGAUAUUAGGGUAAAGCAGGCUACAUAUUUGAUAUGGCAAUGUUUUCAUUUAGAGGAGUGAGAGGUAGUUAUUACAAAGACACAGUAAUCUUUUCAAAUUUGUAUUUGUUGAAGUCUGGAAAAAUCAUGUUAUUUUCUCUCCAUUUCAGAAGUGUGAUGCACCUUGUGUUUGCAAUACUAAAUCCCAAUAAAAUCUAUGAAAGUUUGUUGUAAAUGGAAUAAAUAAUAUGAAA